AUUAAAAAACAAUGCUUUGACAUUUCUUUAUUUCUCUUCUGACAGAGAUCUGUGUCCUCUGCAAGCCCCUCCUUUCCCCACUUUACGUCUCUUGCGCUCCUCUUUCAAUAGCGAGGAAGAAGAAGACGAAUAACAAGAAAAUGUCUAGCAACGAAGACUCGGGUGAGGAGAUAGUUUCCAAUGGAGAUUCAUUUGGGAAAGUGAAGCAGAGGUUCAAGGCCCGAUCAAAGAAAGUGGCUCAAACCAAGGAAAUAUUAUCAAAACAAGCGAAUCAGACCAAGGAGAUAUUAUCUAAACAGGCAGUUAAGAUCGCAAAACAAGCCGAGGAACACGAGAGCUUUCUUAGUAAGGUAACUCAUCUUCUUGGUGUUCUUGGUUUUGGGGGAUUUUGCUUCCUCUUGGGCGCAAGGCCGCAAGAUAUUCCUUAUGUAUACUGUUUGUUUUAUGUCAUAUUUGUUCCUCUUCGGUGGAUAUACUAUAGGUUCAAGAAAUGGCAUUAUUAUCUUCUGGACUUCUGCUAUUAUGCCAAUACUAUCUUCUUGGUUGAUCUUCUUUUAUACCCAAAAAAUGAAAAGCUUUUCAUGGUUUGCUUUUCAUUUGCUGAAGGGCCAUUAGCUUGGGCAUUGAUUGUUUGGCGUUGUAGCUUGGUUUUUAGUUCUGUUGACAAAAUUGUCAGUGUCCUUAUACAUCUUUUACCGGGUUUAGUUUUCUUCACUAUAAGAUGGUGGAAUCCAGUGACCUUCGAAGCCAUGCAUCCUGAAGGAACUUCGAGAAGAGCAUCAUGGCCCUAUGUAGUAGAAGACAAAUCCUUCCUGUUAACUUGGCUGUUCUGGGUGCCCUUAUUUGCUUACACCUUGUGGCAAGUUCUCUAUUUUCUCAUUGUCAAUGUCCUACGUCAGCAGAGACUAUUAAGAGAUCCUGAAGUCAUGACUUCUUACAGGGAGCUCUCAAAAAAGGCACAAAAAGCAAACAAUGUAUGGUGGCGUUUAAGUGGUUUGCUUGGGGAUCAGAAUCGCUUGUUCAUGUACAUUUUGUUGCAAGCUAUAUUUACUGUGGCAACUAUGGCGCUGACGGUCCCAAUCUUCUUGUCCUAUGAGCUACAUGUGGCUUUCCAAUUACUCAAGGUUUCUGCAGCUGUAUGGAAUGGAGGAAGCUUUCUGGUAGAUGUAAUGCCAAGACAGGUGAUUCUCAAAGAGAAGAAGAAAUCAGAGAUGAAGCCAGCACCUAUCCAGCAAGACCAGUCCUUGAACGAGCAGCAAGAACAAUCCCCAAAUGUGAUGGAGAAUACAAUGAAGACCAUUGAUUCUGCUGACCUAGGAUGCACUGAGUCUUAACGGCCGUGAGUCAAUAGUUUUCUGACAAUUGUAACUCACCUGUCUUACUUUGUUGAAUUUUCCAUGUCAAAAAUGUUAUCUUUCAACGAUGCAAAGUAGAUGGCCUUCAAUUCAACUUGCUCCGGUUGAUUACUCAAUAGAGUUGCUUGUUUGAAAAUGCUA